AACGAUCGAGUUGCAAAGGUCAUCGAAGAAACGGUGAGUCAAGACGUAAUCGACGAACACCCACCUAUAGAACCAGCACCUUGGGUCUCCAACGCAGUAAUUGCACCAAAACCGGACGGGACUAUACACAUAACGCUUGAUGCACGUAAUGUCAACAAGGCCAUCCAAGCGUCAAAUUUACCUAUUCCGAGACAGAGGAUAUUAAAGCAAAGCUCAGCGGGGCAAACAUUUUCUCAAAGAUGGAUUUCAAGUCUGCAUUCUGGCAAAUCGAGCUCCAUCCAGAUUCAAGAUAUCUUACAGUAUUCCACGCGAACGACAAACUGCACAGGUACAAGGACUUACAAUGCGAGUGAAACAGCACAAGGCGAGCUUAACGUAGCCCUUCAACCUUUAUUUGCUAAUAUUCCGCAAGCGCACCUCAUACACGACGACCUAAUCGUCGCAGCAAAGAAUGACGUAAAACACAACAAAGCAAUUGAAGAAGUCAUGAAAGCCAUAUUCAGUGCCGGCAUAACUCUCAACCCAAAUAAAUGCACUUUUGGAGCAUCAGAAAUUGAAUUCUGGGGACUGCGUAUUGUUUCUUCCGGAGUAAGAUCGAGUUCUGUUAAGGUGGAUGCGCUCAACUACAUAUCACCGCCCAGAUCGAAGGAAGAUUUAGUAAGUUUCCUGUAUAUGAUGCAGUUGAAUGCAGAAUUCAUUCCAAAUUUCGCAAAGCAAGCACUCAAAGCCGCUACAAAAACUGCCACAGUCGGAACAAGCGGAAGUGGACGACUUAAACAAUCUAUUAUACAUGCUCCACACCACUCCGGUUCUCGACUGUAUCGACUAUGCAAGAAUUGCACAGUAUACAAAAGGAGACCAAACUCUUGCAAGGAUAAGGGAGCUCAUAAAUCAAGGGUUGACCUGUAUUCCAAAGACGGAGGCAAUCGAGGUGCAUUGUCUUAA